AUGGCCGUUACGCGCUCUGAGGGAAGGGGCAGCGAGCCGUCGUCGUCCAAGGCUACCACCUCGGCGACCGGUACCACCAGUGCGGAAGCCAGUACGGAAUCAACAGCUACAGGGACGACCGCCACGGAGACUUCGGAGUAUACAGACACCUCCGCGGCGACUGAUCCAUCCACCGUGACUUCCGCCACCGCAGCGACCACUUCGUCCGCCGCCACCUCAGCCUCAGCCGCAACCGCCGCCCCCGCCACGCACCCCGCCAGCGCCGUCGCUCCUUCCGUAACACCAUCCGCGGCGACGACACUAACUGCGGGUGCGAAGGCCAAACAGCUGAUGAAGCCGCCCGCUACUGUCACCAGAGCAACUCACCGAGAAACAGAAACUUCUACAGUGAAGCGAGCCAUAAGAAGCACCGCCGGUCCAUCAAAGCAAACCGGGCUACAGGAACCCCGCCCGCCCAGCAAGAAGGGAGGUGGAGGGGGAUCUACACGCAGUAGAACGAAGCAGCUCAAACUUGCAAAGGCGAAAGAAGAUUUACUACGCCUUCAAGUGGAAUUAGCCGCAGCACGCCUUGCUGCCUUAGAAAGGGAAGACUCAGAAGAGGAGGAGGAAGAAGAAGAUGACGCAUCCCUCUACUCAAGAUCAGAAGUCAAUACAAGAGUGGACGACUGGUUGGAGAAUCAAGUGAAUCGCCCGGUGUUAGCAAUCACCAACGAACCUCACCAUGCCAUAGAAGAACCAACAGCCGCCCACGCAGAAGAACCAAGGCACGAAGAAACACAUCAGUCACCGGCGGGAGGUCAAACUGACGUAGCCCUCCUGGCUGAAGCCAUCACUCGGGCUGUCAGCGCCGCCCAACGACCUAAGUUCGUCGAGUUACCAUUCUUCAGCGGGUCUCAUCAGGAAUGGCUACCCUUUCGCGCAGCCUACUACGAGACAGAAGCGACAUUCAGCGUAGUUGAAAAUACGAAUCGACUCAGAAGAAACUUGAAAGGGAAGGCCAAGGAAGCAGUUGAAGGCCUACUUAUGACCAACGCACACCCGGCUGAAGUAAUGAAGACUUUGGAGUCAAGAUUUGGAAGACCAGAGUCAAUAGCCAUGCUGGAGAUGGAGACGCUUAGAGGUCUGCCGCGCCUUACUGAGUCACCAAGAGACAUAUGCAUAUUCGCCACCAAGAUCUCCAACGUAGUGGCGACACUGAAGACUUUGGGUUGUUUUAACUACAUGUACAAUCCUGAACUCGCGAAGACAAUAGUAGACAAACUGACGCCAACUCUGCGUUAUAGGUACUACGACUUCUCAGCCAUGCAGCCACGUGAAGACCCUUGCCUCAUCAAGAUAGAGAAGUUCUUCAAAAGGGAAGCAGAACUGUGUGGACCCUACGCGCUGCCCGAACAGAUGACACCGCCUAUUACAGCCGCACCACAAAGGAAGACUCAAAGGAUCAACAACGUGACUGAGAAGACAUACAUACCAAGAUGCGUCGUAUGUGAAGAUACGGGGCACACCAACGCCACAGAAUGUGAACAAUUCAAGAAGUUAGAUGCAAAUGCAAGAUGGGACAUGGCCAAGUCCAAGCGCCUCUGCUUCAGGUGUCUUCGCUAUAGGAACAAGACACACCACUGCCGACCCAAGCCAUGUAAUGUCAACAGCUGCAAGUACUCUCACCACAAGAUGCUGCAUUACGAAAAGAAGUCAGAAGAUUCAGAAGCAAAAGAAAAUCAAGGGGCAACAGAGGUCAUCAACUCAACCUGGACCGUCAAGAAGCAAUCAUACUUAAAAAUCCUACCGAUCCAGGUCAAAGGACCAAAAGGAGCUGUCAAUACCUUCGCGUUGAUGGACGACGGCUCAACAGUCACGCUCGUCGACGAUAGUAUAGUAACAAGCGUCGGAGCAACGGGCCCCAUAGACCCACUGAAGAUAGAAACCAUCAACGACAAGAAAGUAUCGGAGUCAGCAUCGAGGAGAGUCACCAUCAAACUAAAGGGGCUCAACGAUCAUGAAGAACAAAUACAAGCACGCACAGUGAAGAACCUGCAAGUCUCAUCUCAACGGGUCCCACAGGAUCUAGUGGAGGAGUGUCAACACCUCUCUGAUAUCCAAGGACAUCUCACAUAUGCAAACGCCAAGCCACGAGUGCUGAUCGGACAAGAUAACUGGCAUCUUCUGCUGACAUCGGAAGUAAGAAAAGGAGACAAGAACCACCCAGUGGCAUCUCUCACGCCACUAGGUUGGGUACUCCACGGCAGCCAGACACGAAGCUUCGGACGGAACAUCGAUUUCGUGUCACACAUCGUAGAAGAUCCAGAGGAGAAUCUAGAAGACCUCGUGAAGCGAUACUUCGAGAUGGACGCACUUUGUAUAAAGCCCAAGAGACCGAAGACUGAUCCAGAAGAACAAGCACUUCGUAUCUUGGAAAGGACCACAACGAAGACAGAAGAAGGAAGAUUCCAGACCGGUCUUCUCUGGCGCAAAGACGAUGUCAAGUUACCAGACAAUUACGAAAACUCGCUGAAGAGGCUCUUCAACAUAGAAAAGAAGAUCGAUCGUGACCCCACGUUAAAGAAGAAAUACGUGGAACAAAUGAACGCUCUCGUCGCAAAGGGGUACGCCGAACCCGCCCCAAAACAGAAGACAGCUGACAAAACUUGGUACCUACCUCACUUUGCAGUAGUCAACCCAAUGAAACCGGAGAAAUUACGGGUGGUACACGAUGCCGCAGCCAAGACCAAAGGGGUGGCACUUAAUGACAUGCUACUCAAAGGGCCCGACCUACUACAAUCGCUACCAGGUGUCGUCAUGCGCUUCCGACAACACAUGAUCGCGGUUACGGCGGACAUCAAAGAGAUGUUCAUGCAAGUCAAGUUGCGAGAACAAGACAGGGACGCACUGCGGUACCUAUGGCGUGGGAUUCGACGAGACAACCAACCUCCGGAAGAGUACAGAAUGACAUCAUUAAUUUUCGGAGCAUCGAGUUCGCCUUCGACAGCAAUAUACGUCAAGAACCUAAACGCCAAACAGCACGGGGAAACUCACCCAGAAGCCGCAGCGGCCAUCAUAAUGAAGCAUUACGUCGACGACUACUUGGACAGCUUCAGAACCCUCGAAGAUGCCAAACGCAUCACGAAGAGUGUACGAGCCGUGCACAUGAAAGCCAGCUUCGAGUUGAAACAGUGGAAAUCAAACUCAGCAUCACUCCUAGAAACACUAGGAGAAGACAGCCAGACAGAAGACAUGGAACUCUACAAAACAGAAGAAAAGAUGGAACGAGUUCUGGGUGUUGUUUGGAAGAUCCACUCGGACGAACUCACCUUCAACCUCAACUUAGCCAGAAUACCCUCAACACUCCUAGAAGGGAAGCAGCCGACGAAAAGGGAAGCACAGAAUAGUGAUGUCGCUCUUCGACCCGCUCGGAUUCGCCUCGCCUAUCACCAUCAGGGCAAAACAACUCCUCCAGGAAGUCUGGCGUAG